AUGGAAAGCUGGUUUAUCAUUGUCAUUACUCUCUGUAUUGCUUUCUUGCUGAAAUCACUCUUUAAUAUUAUUAUCAUCUCUCCUAAUUCCAAUUCCAACAAGAAACUCCCGCCGGGACCCUACAGUUUUCCGGUGAUCGGCGGCUUACUAUGGGCGGGAAGGAUCUUCACCAACUUGGAAACGAUACUCCGUGACCUCAAGGCUAAGUAUGGUCCUCUCAUCACCAUUAAUAUUGGGUCUCGUCCCACCAUAUACGUAGCUAGCCACUCCUUAGCCUACCAAGCUUUAGUUCAGCAAGGCUCUGUUUUCUCCGACCGACAAAGGGCUGUGCCCACCCAUGCUAUCCUCAAUAGUAACCAGCGCAGCAUCAGCUCCGCCCCUUACGGCCCUAUAUGGCGUCUACUCCGUCGAAACUUGACUUCCGAAAUGCUCAAUCCUUCUCGCAUCAAGUCCUAUUCCAAGGCUAGAUCGUGGGUACUGGGAAUCCUCCUUCAACACCUCCGUCACGCCCAAGUCGAUUCCGUGAGGUUAAUUGAUCAUUUUAAGUAUGCUAUGUUCUGUCUUCUUGUAUUGAUGUGUUUUGGGGAUAAGCUUGAGGAAUCUCAAAUCAAACAAAUUGAAAAUAUACAAUGCAAGUAUCUCCUGGGUUACCGACGAUACUAUAUACUCAAUUUCUUUCCUAGAGUUGGGAAAAUAAUCUUUAGGAAUCGAUGGAAGGAACUCAUUGAACUACGACGAGAGCAAGAGAGUGUCAUCAUUCCUUUGAUUAAAGCACGUCGAAGCAGGACCAGAGAACAAAAGACGGAGCACGGUGAUGAAUUUGUGGUGGCUUAUGUGGAUACGCUGUUGAAUUUGGAGUUGCCAGAGGAAAACAGGAACCUCAAUCUAGGAGAAAUGGUAACCCUCUGCCGUGAAUUCCUAAGCGCCGGAACUGAUACGACAUCCACUGCCUUACAGUGGGUUAUGGCCAACUUAGUCAAAAACCCUUCCAUUCAGGAGAAACUAUACCAAGAAAUUGCCAGUGUAGUGGGAAAAAAACAGAACAAAUUGACAGAUGAAGAGGUGGUGGAGGAGGAAGAUGUGCAGAAAAUGCCCUACUUGAAAGCAGUGGUAUUGGAAGGUCUUAGGCGGCACCCACCCAGUCACGUUCUGUUCCCACACACAGUGACGGAGGAAGUAGAAUUGAACGGCUACGUCAUCCCAAAUAAUGCCACCAUCAAUUUCAUGGUUGCGGAGAUGGGACUAGACCCAAGUGUGUGGGAAAAUCCGAUGGAGUUUAGGCCAGAGAGAUUCUUAGUGGAAGGAUCGGAUAAGGAAGCUGAUUUUGAUAUAACAGGAAGUAAAGAGAUAAAGAUGAUGCCAUUCGGUGCAGGGAGGAGAAUGUGUCCUGCCUAUGCAUUGGCUAUGCUUCACUCGGAAUACUUUGUGGCUAAUUUGGUUUGGCAUUUUCAAUGGGAUCCUGUGGAAGGAGAUGAUGUUGAUCUAACAGAGAAGCUAGAAUUCACCAGUGUGAUGAAGAAUCCACUACGAGCUCGUAUCUGCCCCAGAGUUAACUCUAUUUGAAUUUGAUAACUGCUUUA